GCCGCUUCCGGGGCCCCGCCGGGCGGAGCGGGCCGGGCAAGGGGGCGGGAGCGGCCGCCGGCAGGGAACUGAGCCGAGCCGAACCGAACCGAGCCGCGAUGAAGAAGCCGGACGGGAAGGUGGUGCUGCUGGGGGACAUGAACGUGGGCAAGACCUCCCUGCUGCACCGCUACAUGGAGCGGCGCUUCCAGGAGACGGUCAGCACCGUCGGCGGCGCCUUCUACCUGAAGCAGUGGGGGCAGUACAACAUCUCCAUCUGGGACACCGCAGGACGGGAGCAGUUCCAUGGCCUCGGGUCUAUGUACUGCAGAGGAGCGGCUGCUGUGAUCCUCACGUACGACGUGAACAGCCUCCAGAGCCUGACAGAGCUGGAAGAAAGAUUCUUGGCUCUGACAGACAGUGCAAGUGCUGACUGCAUUUUUGCUAUUGUUGGAAAUAAAGUUGACCUCAGUGAUGACUGUACUUUAGCACCGGAUGAAAACAGACCCGGGAAGUCUGGUGCCAGCUGUGGCUCAAAGGUGCGAAAACAAGUCCGUGCAGAGGAUGCAAUCGCGCUCUAUAAAAAGAUACUGAAAUACAAAAUGCUAGAUGAGAAGGAUGUUCCAGCAGCUGAGAAAAUGUGUUUUGAGACCAGUGCAAAGACAGGAUACAAGGUGGACUACCUGUUUGAAACUGUGUUUGAGAUGGUAGUCCCAAUAAUCAUACGGCAGAAAGCUGAGGGGCCACCGCAAACCGUAGACAUCACGGACUACAAGCCAGCCAAAAGGACAAAAUCAGGUUGUUGUGCCUGAACCAUCUAUGUGACAUAGAAAAGGGGAGGGAUUGUUCACUCCAGCAAAAUGAGGACUAUGAACUGCUUGCAGUUGACCAGAAAGGAAAAGUCAAGGAAUAAGUAGACUAAAACGGCGUAUUAAAAAAAGAAAAGAAAAGAAACAAUAAAUCUUCUGACCAUGAAAGGCUUCUGGGAAGCUCUAUGUAUAAAAAAAUGGGAAUGCAAGUGAAAUUAUGGAUUAAGACUUGCCGGUUUCCAUGGGCUCUGAAGACAAGUGGUGUGUUAUUAGAAUGGGUAGUGACAAUCAUUUGGACAGAUUUGAAAGAUUCUGAUUUUUAGUGACUUGCCAUUUCAUGUUGCAUGUAAAUGAUCUGUUUGUGUACUCUUGAAAACUUUCAUAUGAUGAUCUUUUCCCUUACGAUUCUGACUUUGGAAGACUGAACACGCAGUACUUUUUUAUUCUUAAGGAAAAAAAGAAAAUCCAGGUAUAUUUAUAUUUGUAGCUAAUAAAUCAAUUGCAAUCUUUUUAUGUCAGACUUGACAGCAUAUGAUUCAGAAGCUGAACUAUUAAAAUCACUGUGGAUAUGUACUGUUCAUUUGGAGACUUUAUUAAUGAGAAUUCUUCUUCCAUAGUGGGCUUUCAUGUGUUAACAAGCAGUAUCCCAGCUCUGGCUGUUCUAAUUGCAAGUUGCAGGAGGAAUUUUUUUUCUUUCCUUCCAUUUUUCCCUUGUAAUUCUUUUUAAUAUAGGUGGGUUUUGGGGAAGAAAUCAAUCUUAUUUUGUCUGUAUUUUUGUAAAAACCUCUUUUUGGUGCCUUUA